GUGUCCGCGUGCGGCGGCGGCGGCGGCGCGGCAUCCCCCCGCAGCACCGGCUCUCCUCACGAAGGGGAGCCGCCACCCGGCCAUGGCGAUCCGCAAGAAGAGCUCCAAGAACCCGCCCGUGCUGAGCCACGAAUUCGUCCUGCAGAACCAUGCCGACAUCGUGUCCUGCGUGGCCAUGGUCUUCCUGCUGGGGCUCAUGUUCGAGAUUACAGCCAAAGCGGCGGUCAUCUUCGUGACUCUACAGUACAACGUGACCAUCCCAGCCACAGAAGAACAAGUUCCAGAAGCCGCGUCUCUCUACUAUUAUGGCAUCAAAGAUUUAGCUACCGUUUUCUUCUACAUGCUGGUGGCAAUAAUUAUUCAUGCCAUAAUCCAGGAGUACGGGUUGGAUAAAAUUAACAGGCGAAUGCACUUCUCCAAAACCAAGCACAGCAAGUUUAACGAGUCUGGGCAGCUCAGCGCAUUCUACCUUUUUUCUUGCGUCUGGGGCACGAGCAUUCUGGUGUCCGAGAAUUACGCUUCGGAUCCGACCAUACUGUGGAAGGGCUACCCCCAUACCUUGAUGCCAUUUCAAAUGAAGUUCUUCUACAUAUCCCAGUUGGCUUACUGGUUUCACGCCUUUCCAGAACUGUACUUCCAGAAAACCAAAAAGGAAGAUAUUCCUCGGCAGCUCGUCUACAUUGGGCUUUACCUCUUUCACAUUGCCGGCGCUUACCUUCUCAACCUGAGCCGCCUCGGACUCGUGCUGUUGGUGCUGCACUAUUUUGUGGAGUUCCUCUUCCACACUUCCCGCCUGUUCUACUUCAGUGAUGAAAAAUACCAGAAGGGGUUCUCCGUCUGGGCGGUGCUGUUCGUUCUGGGCAGGCUCCUGACUCUCAUCCUGUCCGUCCUCACCAUCGGCUUUGGCCUGGCCCGAGCGGAAAACCAGGAGCUGGACUUGAGCACCGGGAAUUUCAACGUGCUGGCCGUCAGAAUCACUGUCCUGGUGUCGGUUUGCGUCACUCAAGCGUUCAUGAUGUGGAAGUUCAUCAACUUCCAACUCCGAAGGUGGCGGGAGCACUCUUCUCCUCAGCCCCAGACCGUGAAAAAGAAGUCCACGGCCACGAAAGGCAGACCUUCCCGGAAAGACAAAGCGCCCCGACGAAGGAUUCUCUCGUUUCCAGAAAACGGCGUCAACGGAGCGGUGACUUCCAACGGAGCCGACUCUCCCCGGAACAGGAAGGAGAAAUCCUCAUAACGGAAGCGUCGCCCCGAGGCUCGCCCGAAGGAACGUCCCCAAAGAAACCCGCUUUUCACGCCGAGCAGCCCGACGGCCCUCGAGAAGAGAGCUUUCCGUUUCCGAAGCCGCCGUCCUUGCUCCUUGAUCCCCGCUAUCGUAUUGUUUGAGCAUCCUUUUGUCUUCUUUUUUUUUUUCUUUUUCUUUAAAAGGGCAAUUGGGGGGAGGGGAAACUGUGGCAAAGGGACCAUUUGCUCCCACUCAACUUUCUUACCUUUAAGGUCUGCCCUCCCGGGGGGCGCGGGUCGGGCCCGGAGCCGAGGUGGGGAGGAACAGGGACACCCCUCGACCCGCCACAAUAUCCCUGCCUUGGCUGCCCGAGGAACCAAUCUUCCCCACCUCCGCUGACCUAUUUUUUGUUUUCCUUAAUCCCCUUGGCUGGGGGAAGCGGGAGGAAGGCCUGUUCCAGCUACAGCUCAUCAUUCAGGUUCUCUUCCCCCCCCCC